AUGAUCAUAGACACUGGGGCAUCAAUUAACAUUAUUGACGAAAAUACAUUCGCCAAUAUCAACAAAUACAAAAGUAUCUCAUUAAAACGAACACGUACUAAACUCUUUGCGUAUGGUUCCAAACAACAAUUACCAGUGAUUGGGACAUUCGAAGCCACAAUCGAGACAAAAAAACGAAUGACUAUCUCUACUAUUCAUGUAGUCAGAGGCAAUUAUGGCUCACUGUUAAGUUAUCAAACGGCUACAGAACUAAACCUUAUAAAAGUAAAUGUCAACAAUGUCAAAGUCACCGGUAAUGACAAAAUUGAACAAUGUCACGACUCUCGAAAAGAUAAAAUGGACAAAAAAUUUCCCCAUUUGUUUCAUGGAAUUGGAAAAUUACACAAUUUUGAGGCAAAGUUGCAUAUUGAUUCUUCUGUACCCCCUGUAGCACAACCAGCACGUCGAAUUCCAUUUUAUUUACGAAGAAAAGUUUCUGCUGCUCUUAAACAACUGGAAAAGGAUGACAUAAUUGAGAAAGUUGAGGGGCCCACACCAUGGAUUUCGCCUCUGGUUGUUAUUCCCAAAAAUGACGGAACUGUGCGCCUCUGCGUUGACAUGAGGCGUGCAAACUGUGCUAUCCAGAGAGAGCGACACCCAUGUCCCACGGUUGAUGAUCUUAUACAUGCAAUGAAUGGUGCCAAGGUAUUCUCCAAACUAGACUUGCGUUCGGGAUAUCAUCAGUUGUUGUUAGCAGAGGAAAGCAGAUAUAUUACCACCUUUGUGACACAUAAAGGAUUACGUAGAUAUAAAAGGCUUAAUUUUGGAACUAAUUCAGCUAGUGAACUAUUCCAGAAAGUUAUCCACGAUCAAAUUCAUGACAUACCUGGUGCUAUCAAUAUAAGUGAUGAUGUCAUAAUCUAUAGGAAAUCUCAACAAGAACACGAUACCGCUCUUCACAAUGUUUGUCAGCGCUUUACCAAAGUUGGUCUAACUUUGAACAACGAAAAAUGCCAAUUCAGUCAAACCAAAUUGACAUUUUUUGGUAUGGUUUUCUCGGCAGAAGGAAUUUCUGCGGAUCCUCAUAAAGUUUCAGCAAUCAAGAAUGCAUCACCACCAAGCUCUGUUAAGGAUGUUCGUAGUUUUCUAGGAAUGGCCACCUACUGUGCCAAAUUUAUACCCAACUUCAGUCACUUGAGUGAACCUCUUCGUAAGUUAACCAUGAAAAGUGCUCAAUUCCGUUGGACAAGAUGUGAACAAACUGCAUUUGAUAACAUUAAAAAUGCUUUGACCAGUGAUACAGUAAUGGCUUACUUUGACCAAACAAAACCAACUGAAUUAAUCACAGAUGCAUCGCCAUGGGGGUUAUCUGCAAUACUUGCUCAAAAUUCAACACAACAUGAUGAUCGCCGAAUUGUGGCUUAUGUUAGUCGGUCGUUAUCUGAGGUAGAGAGAAAAUAUUCACAAACAGAACGCGAGGCACUCGCUAUUGUUUGGGCUAUGGAACGGUUGCAGAUAUAUUUACGUGGUGGUAAGUUUACUUUAUACACCGAUUGCAAGCCCAUUGAACUAAUCCUAGGAAACCCGAAGUCCAAACCCCUGCACGCAUAG